GACCCGUACUGAAUCCGACCAUUUGAAACAAAUCUCAGACCCGCGACGGACGGGUACCCAAAAGCCACCGCAUGCCAUGGGUUGGCGUGAACAAAAGUGGAAGCUAAGCAUAAAGCGACGGAGGAUAGAAAAACGGAAAUUUUCAUUCACCAAACGAAGCAGAGGAUAAAAGAAACUGGAAAAUGUAUCAUCCUACCAGAGGUGGCGUUCGCGGUGGACGAGAUCAAUUUAAGUGGGAUGAUGUCAAGGUUGAUAAACACCGAGAGAACUAUCUUGGUCACAGUAUCAAGGCCCCUGUUGGAAGAUGGCAAAAAGGGAAAGACCUACACUGGUAUGCCAGGGAUAAGAAAUCUGAGAGUUCAGAUAUGGAGGCUGCAAAAGAAGAGAUAAAAAGGAUCAAGGAACAGGAGGAACAGGCCAUGAGAGAAGCUCUUGGUUUAGCGCCUAAACGUGCUAACCGACCUCAAGGUAACCGACUAGAUAAGCAUGAGUUUUCGGAACUUGUGAAGCGAGGCUCUACUGCAGAAGAUUUGGGUGCAGGCCAUUCUGAAGCAGCACAUGUUCAAGGUCUUGGUUUUGCGAGAGCACCCCGUAAUGGGGAAGAAUUUAGUUCUCUUCAACCAAGCCCUAGAGCUGCAUUACCCGAGAAAGUGGAUGUUGCUGUGCCCAAUCCAACAACACCAAACACCAAAGAAGAAUUAGAGGAUGAAAACUACCGAAAGAAAAGGAGGCGUGAAGAGAAGAAGCAUGAGAAACAUGAGAAGCAUGAAAGACGUGAGAAGCGGCAUUCUCGGGAUGACGAUGACAGGAGGAAGCGCAAGAAAGACAAAAGAAGACAUGACUCUGAGUGAAGAUUGAUCUCAAGCAAACUGUGUACUAUUCCUCUCUUGUUUUUCUUUUCCUCAUCAAGUAGAAACCUCUAUUUUUAGUGCACCUUUUAGAUGGGAUUUUGUGAUGUACUGUUGCUUGGGAUAUAGAUUGUGGACACCCCUGAUAAGUCUCUUAGGAUAAAAAAGCCUGGAAAGAAAAAGAUGAUAGUCACCACAUGUAGUUGAGUUAUUUGGUGGUGAACAUAGGAGUCAGUGCAUGAUUAGUGAGAAAGCAGGCUAGACUUGGCAGAUAUCGACUGCUUGCAACGCACAGAAGCACAAAACUUGAGAACGCCAGAGUUGAUUACCACUAUCAGGUGAGCUACAACAUUAUUUUGUAUUUGUUUUUGUCAAUACAAUGACAUUGUCAACUGUUUAUUAAAUGAAAAAAUAUGCCUUUAUCACAUUGAUUUAAAA